AUGCAGUACAAGUCUCUCGCCGCUGUUCUUUUCUUCACUACGGCCUUGGCAGCCCCGGCUGCCGACUCCCGCGAGUCCACUUCCGAUGACAGCGGUGAUUCCCCCUCGGGAUACACCAACGACAUGUACACGAUCAACGUCCCCGAAGUCUCCUCCCCACCCAGCAGCAUUAUUUCGGCUCUGGGGACUGCCAUCCCUGCCUCGUGGAUCCUCGAUAUGCAGAACGAGAAGUACUACCGCUCCGAGAUGAAGAAUUACAUCGACGGUACUAUGCCCGCCUGGUACAGCACCCUGCCCAGCAGCGUCAAGGAGUACUUCACCUCCGUCGCCUCCGACGAGAUCUCGGCUUUGUUCAGCGCGACCCCGACCUCGACUCCCGAGAGCAGCAGCGACUCCAGCUCUGAUAGCAAGGGCGCUUCGUCUACGACUGGUGUCUCGUCGACCGGUGCUCCUUCAAGCUCAGUCACUUCGUCUGGUUCUUUGUCUGGCUCUUCCUCCUCUGCCUCUGCUACGUCGACUACGACUACCUCGGCUUCGGCUUCUUCCUCCAAGGCCCCCGAGAGCUCUAGCUCCACUGGUGGUGCUCCCGCUGCUACCGGUGCUGUUGCUGCCAGCCUGGCUGGUGCUGCCGGUAUCCUCGGUCUUGCGCUUGCUCUGUAG